GGGGGGGUGGGGGUCGGUGGGUUGAGGCCCCUCCGCUUGGAGAGGCAUGAGCAUGAGGAGCGCGUCGUCAGUGUUAAUAUGGAGUCUAGUACGACGGGGGCGGCGGAGGCCAAGAAGAAGGAGGCCGAGAAGGCGGAGUUGUUGGAGAAAAAGAAGAAGAAGAAGAAGGCGGAGGAGGAGGAGGAUAAUGCUCUGUUUGUCGCGCAGGAUGAUCAGGAUGGGGAGGAUGAGGAGGAGGAUGAGCAGAUCGUCAAGGAGGAGCCUACGGAUGAGGAGGACCAGGUCAUGACUGAUGUGCCCCGGGCAGAUGAUGGCGCUACGAUGGUCGACGAUGGCUUGCUCCCCGUGCAGAAGGUCAAGGUGCGCCGAAAGUUGAGCCCGUCCAAGUCCGUCUCGGAGUCGGCCGUCCCCAGCCCCGAGCCGGAAGUGGUCAUCGAUCCUAAGAGUUUGCUACGCACCAAGGAAGAUAUCGAGGAGUACGAGAGACAUGAGCAGGAUCUGGAGAUCGUGAAGACACUCUUCCAGAAGGAGCCCCGGCCUGAAGCUCCGGAGGCGCUGGCUGGCGCGGCGGAGGGUGCCGCGGAAGGCGAGGACAAGGACCAAGACAAGGAGGGAGCAGCGGAAGACGGAGACGCGGAGGAGCCCAAGGACGAGGAGCAGGACAAGCUGGCUGGACAGCUGUUCCUCAUGCAAUUCCCUCCGCUGACACCCAACCUGGUGCUGCCAGGCACCGAGACUACGGAUGCACACCCCACCACUACACAACCCCCAGCCACCGAACAGCCGGUCAAGCGCGAAGACGAGAUGGAGAUCGUUGACGGUGACGAGGAUGCGACGGCCGCGCAGGGCUCUGCCAAGGUCGUCACGGCUGCGGAUCCCGGCUUGUUGGCCGGCCGCGUCGGCAAGUUGAACGUCCAUGCAUCGGGUCGGGUGACGAUGGACUGGGGUGGGAUCAGCUUCGAAUUGGAUCGCGCAACGGCGGUGGACUUUUCCCAGGAAGCCCUGAUUGUCUCCACGCCGCCGAACGCGGGCGACGAGGAGUUCCCGGAUGACGAGAAGAAGGUCUGGGCGAUGGGCCAGCUCAGCGGCAAGUUCACGGUGACGCCGGACUGGGAGAAGAUGCUAUGAUCUCGGGGUAUUGAGGCUGGGAAGGGAAGUGUGGGGCAGUCUAUCGGUUGAUUGAUUGAUAUGAGUAGAUAAACAUCAGUUCAAUGAAUGAAUGAAUGAAC